GAGCUCUGCCUCAUUUAUUUUUUGGACAGAGAGCAAUGGGUUUACUGGUGCCAAUCCUGCUGGCUCUUCUAGCCUCUCUAUUUGGAGGGUUUUACCUUUUAGGAGCAUUCAGAAAGCAAAAGCCAGGUGAACCCCCAUUAGAUAGAGGUCCCAUUCCCUGGUUGGGCCACGUGUUGGAGUUUCGCAGGGACACAGCAAAGUUCUUAGAGCGAAUGAAGCAAAAACAUGGGGACAUAUUCACGGUACAACUUGAUGGGAAUUACUUCACAUUUCUCAUGGAUCCUUCAUCUUUUGGAGCUGUCUUCAAGGAGGCCCACACAAAACUGGACUUCAGGGCUUUUGCAAGGAAGCUGGUGGUCAGAGUUUUUCAUUUCAAUCAAAUAGAACAUUCAAAAAAUCAAUUUCAUGUUACCAACAACAGGCAUCUAAUUGGUGAUGGACUAGUAUUAUUGACAGAAAGUACAAUGAAAAAUUUCCAAAAUCUCAUGCUCCACCACAGUAUAGGCAAAGGUGGAGACCAAAAGACCUGGAUUGAGGAUGGACUUUUCAUGUAUAGUUACAAUAUUGUUUUCAGGGCAGGGUACCUAUCACUGUUCGGCAAUGUGUCUUUAAGGGAGGCCGGGAGCACUGAGAAAUCCUUUGAGAUGGACAGAAUACAAUCUGAUGAACUGUUUACAGAGUUUCAUAAAUUUGAUCAAUACUUCCCCAAACUGGCCUAUGGUGUCCAGUCACCCAGAGAGAGGAUUGAGAUCAGGAAGCUGCUGAGGCUGUUUUGGAAAACUUUGUCAUCACAGGUUGUCAAGAAUAAGGAGAAUCCCAGCGACUGGGUGCGUGAAGAGCAGCAGACCAGCGAGGGACUAGGAAUGAAGGAGUUCAUGCAAGAACGAUGCAUGUUUGUAAUGCUCUGGGCAUCAGGGCCUGCUGCCUUUUGGCUACUAAUGUACCUCCUGAAGAAUCCAGAGGCCAUGGCUGCUGUGAGGAGGGAGGUGGACAGGGUUGUGACGGAAUCUGGGCAGGAAGUGAUGCGUGGUGGCCCGAUCAUCAAUCUGACCUAUGACAUGAUCCAGAAAAGUCUGAUCCUUGACAGUGCUCUUGAGGAGACCCUGAGACUGACUGUUGCGCCCGUUCUCAACAGAGCUGUGAUGGAAAACAUGAACCUCAAAAUGUCUGAUGGUCGUGCGUAUCAGAUUCGACAAGGCGACAUAAUUUCUCUCUUCCCUUACACUGCUGUUCAAAUUGAUUCCGAAAUCCACCCUGACCCACUUUCUUUCAAAUACGACCGCUUUCUUAACCCAGAUGGCAGCAAGAAAAAAGAUUUUUACAAGAACGGGAAGAAGUUGAGGUACUACACAAUGCCGUGGGGAGCUGGUGUCAGUAUGUGCCCUGGCCGUUUCUUUGCCAUGAAUGAGUUGAAGCAGUUUGUGUUUUUCAUGAUAUUAUAUUUUGACUUUGAGCUGAAGAAUCCUAAUGAGGAGGUACCUGACAUUGAUGUCAAGCGAUGGGGUUUUGGGGCCAUGCAACCCACAAGAGAUGUUGGUUUCAGAUACAGACUCCGAUUUUAAAUUACGCAUCAGAAUUUGGAGUUAAAUCUUUGUUUAUGGGUGGUAACCUCCAUCCAACUUGUGUAUGUUAUGUUUUCAGGCACCUAAUCUAGUACAGUAUCUUAAACCUAUGAUGGUUGCUUCAUGGCAGAAUCAUCUUUAAUUAAUCAAAUGUUAAAUAAUACAUACACACACUCACACAUACACACACACGCACACAGUUGAAAUAUAAGGAGUAGUAUUGCUAACUGCUAAAGAGAGCAAAUCUCUGAUCCCUGACAUCCUGCACAACCCCCUCCCUACCAAACUUGUCCUAUAGCUAGUUAAACAUAUUCAAGAUGCCAUGAUCCCUCAUUUAUGUUUUCUCAUGUCAUAACGUACUAUGUUAAUAUAUUAAAUUGCAUGUGUGGUGUUAAUAUAGGCAAAUGUUAAUAUUUGUAUUAUUGGUAAUUGCAAUCAAGUUUAGACCAGUCAGACCGCUCUUUCAUGAGAAGGGCUUAGUGAUCAAUAUGUAAUGGCGCUUGUGAACAUGUAACAGGAUUACCAGCCAGGGCACAACCUCAGGGGUGGUACAGAGUGGCAGUUAUCCGGCUACAAUAAUGUGCCCUUGGUGAUCUAUUAACUGAGAAAUCUCUGAGCUCAUCAGUCAAAGAGAAAAGGAGUGAGGAAGGGAGAACAGAAUGUUCUGCAGUCAGUAUGAAGCAAAUAUUUACUAUUUAGUUUAAACUGUGCAAUGUGUGUUAUUUUUGUCAUAGGCUAUUCUAGUGUCAUUGAACCCACUGUUUCAGCUGGAAUAAAACACAGUUGAAUAAAACAAAUAGCGUUAUGACAAAUUCUUGACAUUCUGAGCAUCAAAUUUCUUGCAUUCUGGGGAAUUGUUAUGCAGCAAUUCAGCCUUUUCUGCAUCAGUUGAUUGUAGAAAUUCUUAAUUUAUGUGAAGGAAUAAAAAAAAAACUCAGUUAUCCGGUGACAAUCAAAAUAUAUUGGAAUAUAAUGCAGUCAGUAUUGUGGAAAAAUAUUACUAUACCCUUAGAAGGAUUAUAAUUAAUAUCUUGCCUAUUCUAUAAGGAUGAAAAAAGCGUGGAGCCUUCUGAAGAGAAUCUUGCUUCUCAGAAAGGUCAUCCGAAGUUCUGUGCCACCAGUAUGUACUAAUAUUCAGGCCCGGGGACCAAGGUGACACAUGGAGGAUUCAGAUAUUGUCACGCCGCGUCCUGCUACGCGGUCCACUACCUCUAUCUAGUGGCUACUUGACGUCAGUGGUCCUUCUCCUGACACACCAGUCUACAAUCACCGAUCACCAUUCCCUACUUCAGCCGGGGAUCUCCCAUCAGCCGGCGCCAGUUCUUCGUUACGUCUACCCAGUUAGUAUCGGUCCUACAAGCAUUCUUGAAUAUCUGCCUCUAGCCUGACCCCUUGGUAACCAUCUCUCCUCCUCUCUGGUUCUCCCCCUGCCUCCGACGCCCUGCCUGCCUGACUACCCGCCUGUCGUCGAGCCCCUGACUGUCUGACUGCCUGCCUGUUACCGGACCCCCGCCUGUCUGACUACCCGCCUGCCUACCAAUAAAUCCCGUUC